AUGGAGGAAGAGAGAGAGGGAGAGCAGGGAGAGGGGGGUGGGGAGAGAGAGAGGGGGUGGGGAAAGAGAGAGAGGGUGGGGAAAGAGAGGGGGUUGGGGAGAGAGAGGGGGGGUUAACUGUAGCUCUCAAGGGAGAAUGUUCCUGUUCCUUGAAGUGUUAGCAGACUCUGUUGAAAUAAAAAUAUCACAUAUCCGGCUUUACCAAGCUGUGCUGUUUAUCCAUGGGAUCAGUAUGUCAUACCCUGUGAGUCAUUCCUGAAAGUCUCACGACACUAAGAUAAUUGAUUCAUAGAUUUCACUUCCCAAUGUAAAGUGGACUUUGAGCAGGCACUGGAUAUUAAAAUGUAUGUUCAGUUCAGCAAAUAACAAACAGAGACAGUGGGAAAAGUGGGAGGGUUGAGCGAGACUACAAAUUCAAAGGCAAACUACUUUUCUAUAGCCUACUCAAGGGAGAGAAAAACAUAGCUAGACUGUUGUUUUACUAUUAAACUCAAUGCUGCUAUUGUUUUUAAUUUUGUAAAGCAGCUUGUGUUUCUUAACCAGGCAAAUGAUAGCUUACUAAAAGGCUGGUGGUGACUGUUUAGCCACGGGGAAGCAAGCAAGAGAGUCGCCUGCACGAUGUGUAUCAUCGGAGGCGGAGCCUGUCUGCCCACACUCAUCACCAGCUGAUGUAGGCUGUGUUUGCUGGGUGUGAUGCGUCCUUCCCACUGCUGGUCAGAACUGCGCAUCUGUACUGCUAAUAUUAAUUGUGUUUAUCACUGAAAAGCUCUCAAUCUCUCCAAAAACUCUUGUCCAGUCCACUUAGUAGUCAGAUUUUAGUAACAGAGAAAAAAAAAAUCUGGUCUUGUUUUAGUCAACUGAAAUUAAAAAUAAUUUGCGUUUAGUUAAAGUUUUUUCUGGGUCUAUUUAAUCAGUUAUAGUCUCGUCAAUAUUUCUGUCCCUAUUUUUGUUGACUAAAUUCACGUUUUUAAAACCUCUUAGUGUCGAUGUCCAUUCCCCCUCGGAAAUCGAAUUAGCAUAAUAAAAAAUCCCCAUAAUAAUCUGUCAAUUUAAGCUAGAUGCGUCUCAAUCCACCGCAUCCGAUGAUGUUGCACUUCCGCAUCUUAGGUGAAAGGUGACAGAACUAGAGCGGUGUUUGUCAGACCAUGAGACAACCUGAAAAUCGAUUUGAGACUCUCAAGAACACGACGGUGUUCUCCGUUUUUCUCUACGACCCCCACAAGCGUCUUGGGACUCGUCUGAUGUCGGUACAGACGAUCUGCCAACUUCUAUCUGUAGCGUCCGAAAGGUGAGACUCUCACGAACACGUACCUGUCGGUUGUUUUGCUCUAGGACGCCCACAUGCCUCACGACUCGUCUGAAGGUCCUCCGGUACCAGUUGAAAAAAACGAUGAAAUUAUAUUUGAAGAACGUUUACUGCCAAAAAAUAAGGGUUUAAAUGCAUGUAAAUAAAACAAUUACAAAUGUUUCCUGAUCUUUCUUAUAUCUCUCAGAUAUAGGACAGACACUUCCGAACAAACUUCCUUUAGAUUUUUUGGGGGGACUAUCUGUUGUUCCAUGUAGUGAAUCUGUUAUUCAAUGUGUUUGUAUGGGCUAAUAGCAGUAAGGACUAUCUGUUGUUCCAUGUAGUGAAUCUGUUAUUCAAUGUGUUUGUACGGGCUAAUAGCAGUAAGGACUAUCUGUUGUUCCAUGUAGUGAAUCUGUUAUUCAAUGUGUUUGUAUGGGCUAAUAGCAGUAAGGACUAUCUGUUGUUCCAUGUAGUGAAUCUGUUAUUCAAUGUGUUUGUAUGGGCUAAUAGCAGUAAGGGAAAAUUAAAAUAUUCAUCAAACAUUUUUUAUAUAUAUUUGUUUGAUACUUCAAUGGGUCUUAAAAUUCUAAAUCAAAUAGCUAAAUUAUCCUCGGUUUGACAUUCUUAAAACAAUUCCAUAUAGCUUAGUAGAACCCCCUCCCCCCGUCUUAGACAGAGCUCAGACUGUAGCGGGUUAACAAACCUGCUAAUAUUGCUGCACUUGCUUAGUCUAGGGGUCUUACAAUUCUAAAUCAAAUAGCUAAAUGAUCCUUGGUAUGACAUUCUUAAAACAAUUCCAUAUAGCUUAGUAGAACCCCUAGUUAACUGGUCUGUAACCUAACUAGGUGUUUAAUGUCUGUAGCCAGGAGACAGCUACCUUACCUUAGGUCCAGGGCCAGCUCCGUCUUGACCUCUUGGUUGGCCAGUCCAAGCAGAUAAAUGAUUUGUUCAGAUGGUGACGAAAAAGAAAACGUAUAUAAAAAAUAUUUUAAAAAAUUAAAAGAAAGGAAAGGCCUCAUGGAACAAAACCAGCAGCUGGGACACUGACUCAUGAUCAUAUUCAUUUACUGCACCUGAUGUGCUUAUCAGCCUAUGUAGUUAAUUAUAAUCCUAAAGGGUAAAAAGACAUUCAGGUUCAGAUGAACUCUCAGCAUUACGGAGUUGGAACACAUGUUUAAUGUAAUAUACUGUAGAUUAGGGCCUGUGUCCCAAAUAGCACCCUGCUACCUUUUGGGACGCAGACUAGAUAGAGGCUUUGAACUGGGGGAGAGUGUCAUAAUCACAACAGAGAGAAAGAAAGAGGUUUCUUCUAAAUACCAAAGACAAGUGUUUCUUUUUUUUAAAUAUAAACUUUAAAAAAUCGUCUUUUGAAGUUCAGGAUUGCUCCCUUCAGCUGCCAGGGUUUGUUAAAAACAAUUCCACUGAACUGAAUUUAGUUUUGUAUUAAAGAGCUACAGGACUGUCAGAGUUCUCAGCUGAUCAGUUUUAGAGGCAGUUUUGAAAGGCAGGCUGUGGAAAUGUCAGAUCAAAUGUCAGAGAUAAAGUGAUUAUACUUUGAGGGAGGGAAAAACAGAAUGACUGUGUUUAUUUUGGAUUGUGUGAUGGAAUUUAUUCCUGUGUUGAAUCAUUUUGUGAAUGAAAGCUCAUCCACAAUAGAGUCAUUCCAUAUGUCUACGGGACCUGUGACACGAGGUCUACAGACAAUCACGGACUACAAAAGGAAAUCCAGCCACGUCGGUCUCGCUUCCAGACAAGCUAAACACCUUCUUCGCCCGCUUUGAGGAUAACACAGUGCCACCGAUGCGGCCCACUACCAAGGACUGUGGCCUCUCCUUCUCCGUAGCCGACGUGAGUAAGACGUUUAAGCGUGUUAACCCCCGCAAGGCUGCCGGGCCCAGACGGCAUCCCUAGCCGCGUCCUCAGAGCAUGCGCAGACCAGCUGGCUGGUGUGUUUACGGACAUAUUCAAUCUCUCCCUAUCCCAGUCUGCUGUCCCCACAUGCUUCAAGAUGGCCACCAUUGUUCCUGUACCCAAGAAAGCAAAGGUAACUGAACUAAAUGACUAUCGCCCCAUAGCACUCACCUCUGUCAUCAUGAAGUGCUUUGAGAGACUAGUCAAGGAUCAUAUCACCUCUACCUUACCUGUCACCCUAGACCCACUUCAAUUUGCUUACCGCCCCAAUAGAUCCACAGACGAUGCAAUCGCCAUCACACUGCACACUGCCCUAUCCCAUCUGGACAAGAGGAAAACCUACGUCAGAAUGCUGUUCAUUGACUAUAGCUCAGCAUUCAACACCAUAGUACCCUCCAAGCUCAUCAUUAAGCUUGAGGCCCUGGGUCUGAACCCCGCCCUGUGCAACUGCGUCCUGGACUUCCUGACGGGCCGCCCCCAGGUGGUGGAGGUAGGAAACAACAUCUCCACUUCGCUGAUCCUCAACACUGGGGCCCCACAAGGGUGCGUGCUCAGCCCCCUCCUGUACUCCCUGUUCACCCAUGACUGCGUGGCCAAGCACGCCUCCAACUCAAUCAUCAAGUUUGCAGCUGACACAAAAGUAAUAGGCUUGAUUACCAACAAUGACGAGACCGCCUACAGGGAGGAGGUGAGGGAUCCGGGAGUGUGGUGCCAGGAAAAUAACCUCUCACUCAACGUCAACAAAACAAAGGAGAUGAUCGUGGACUUCAGGAAACAGCAGAGGGAACACGCCCCUAUCCACAUUGACGGGACAGCAGUGGGGAAGGUGGAAUGCUUCAAGUGCCUUGGCGUAUACAUCACUGACAAACUGAAAUGGUCCACCCAUGCAGACAGUGUGGUGAAGAAGGCGCCUCUUCAACCUCAGGAGGCUGAAGAAAUUUGGCUUGGCACCUAAAAACCCUCACAAACUUUUACAGAUGCACAAUUGAGAGCAUCCUGUCGGGCUGUAUCAUCGCCUGGUACGGCAACUGCACCACCCGCAACUGCAGGGCUCUCCAGAGGGUGGUGCGGUCUGCCGAACGCAUUACCGGAGGCAAACUACCCGCCCUCAAGGACACCUACAGCACCCGAUGUCACAGGAAGGCCAAAAAGAUCAUCAAGGACAUCAACCACACGAGCCACUGCCUUUUCACCCCGCUAUCAUCCAGAAGGCGAAGUCAGUACAGGUGCAUCAACGCUGGGACCGAGAGAAUGAAAAACAGCUUCUAUCUCAAGGCCAUCAGACUGUUCAUUUGCCAUCACUAGCACAUUAGAGGCUGCUGCUGCCUAUUGAAAUCACUGGCCACUUUAAGAAAUGGAACACUAGUCACUUGAAUAAUGUUUACAUAUCUUGCAUGACUCAUCUCAUAUGUAUAUACUGUAUUCUAUAAUAUUCUACUGUAUCUUAGUCCUUGCCGCUCUGGCAUUGCUUGUCCAUAUAGGUAUAUAUGUAUAUAUUCUUAAAUUCCAUUCCUUACUUAGAUUGUGUGUAUUUGGGUAUAUGUUGUGAAAUUGUUAGAUAUUACAUCUGCUAAACACAUGUAUGUGACAAAUACAAUUUGAUUUGAUUUGUUUUCAAAGAGAUUGGAUUCUUAGCAGUGAUUUGUUUGAUUGGAUUAUUCUGUCCUCUCAAUCCUUAUACUAUAUUAAUCCCUCUGACCUAUAGACGGGUUGGUUGUUUAGCAAUAAAACUGACGCCUGCACAACUAUGGGUUAAAACUGACGGGGCUGGCUUAGAUUGUUGACAAUAUUUUAACUAUAUUUCGUCUCCAAAUGUUUAUUGAAAACAUAAAUAAAUUUGCACAAUGAGCACUUGUUGUCUCUCAAAUGCAUCAUUACAGUUGUUGGUUAGCUAGCUAGCAAUUUUUAUCCAUAUUAGCAUUAGACGUGACAGUCAAACAAGACAUGGUAUCAAGAACAAGAUAAAACGCGCUAAAACGAGCAAGCUACGAUUCCCCACAUGGCAGCUUCUUGUCCUUGUUGAUAGCUACACUGCCUUCAGAAAGUAUUCAUACCCCUUGUCUUGUUCCACAUUGUGUUGUUGUUCCAGCCUGAAUUCAAAAUGGAUUACAUAGAUUUUUUUUUCUCACCCAUCUACACACAAUACCCCAUAAUGACAAAGUGAAAACAUGUGUUUUUAGAGAAAUGUUAGCAAAUAUAUUGAAAAUGAAAUACAGAAAUAUGUAAUUUACAUAAGUAUUCACACCCCUGAGUCAAUACAUGUUAGAAUGACCUUUGGCAGCGAUUACAGCUGUGAGUCUUUCUGGGUAAGUCUCUAAGAGCCCUUCACACCUGGAUUGUACAAUAUUUGCACAUUAUUAUUUUAAAUAUUCUUCAAGCUGUGUCAGGUUGGUUGUUGAUCAUUGCUAGACAGCCACUUCCAAGACGUGCCAUAGAUUUCCAAGCCGAUUUAAGUCAAAACUGUAACUAUGCCACUCAGGAACAUACAAUGUCGUCUUGGCCUUGUGUUUUAAGUUAUUGUCCUGCUGAAGGUGAAUUUGUCUCCCAUUGUCUGUUGGAAAGCAGACCGAACCAGGUUUUGCUCUAGGAUUUUGCCUGUUCUUAGCUCUGUUCCAUUCAUUUUUAUCCUAAAGAUAAGCUCCCUAGUCCUUGCCGAUGACAAGCAUACCCAUAACAUGAUGCAGCCACCACCAUGCUUGAAAAUAUGAAGAGUGGUACUCAAUGAUGUGUUGUGUUGGAAGUUCCCCAAACCUAACGCUUUGUAUUCAGGACAGAAAGUUAAUUUCUUUGCCACAUUUUUUGCAGUUUUUCUUUAGUGCCUUGUUGCAAACAGGAUACAUGUUUUGGAAUAUUUUUAUUCUGUACAUGCUUCCUUCUUUUCACUUUGUAUUGUGAAGUAACAACAAUGUUGUUGAUCCAUACUCAGUUUUAUCCUAUUAAACUCUGUAAUUGUUUUAAAGUCACCAUUGGCCUCAUGGUGAAAUCCCUUAGCGGUUUCCUUCCUCUCCGGCAACUGAGUUAGGACUUGUACAUUCCCAGGUAUAGAGUGUAACAUAGUCCUCCCAGACCCACAUAGCUACUGGGACCCUAUGUCCAACCCUAACCUCUAUGUCCAACCCUAACAUUAACCCCUAUGUCCUGUUUCUAACCCUAACCCUCUGUCCUGUCUCCCUCCCAGGUGUAGAGUGUAACAUAGUCCUCCCAGACCCUCAUACCUACUGGGACCCGGUGUUCGGCACCUGCGUCUUCCUCUUCUCCUUCCUCAUCCCAGUUACCAUCAUCAGUGUCUGCUACAGCCUGAUGGUCAAUCGCCUUCGCAGCGUCCGCAUCCUGUCCGGCUCCAAGGAGAGGGAUCGUAAUCUGCGCCGCAUCACCCGCAUGGUCCUGGUCGUAGUGGUGGCCUUCGUGGUCUGCUGGACCCCCAUCCAGAUCAUGGCUCUGGCCCAGUUGCUGGGCUUCAACCUGGGUAGCCUCCUCACGAUGGCCCUGAUGCACUUCUGUAUCGCGCUGGGCUACGUCAACAGCAGUCUCAACCCAGUCCUCUACGCCUUCCUGGACGAGAACUUCAAGAGGUGCUUCAGAGAGUUCUGCCACCCGGGUCCGUUCCGCCUGGACAGCCGGCAGCAGUCGGGUCGGAUGAGAAGCAUCGCCCGCGAGGUUGCCUACAACUGCAAAACGGCGGACGGGAAUAUGAACCCCGCAUGA